AUGAAAUCCAUCCGUUGCAUAUCCCUACUACUGUCAAUAUGCAUCUUACUCAUUUCGUUAACACAAUACACAUUUUCCUUUCAAUAUACACAUAAUACACGCAGACCAUUUCCAUUAUCACUGCCGCGAUCCGCAACCUUGCACCCAAAAGCAUUCCCAUUGGCAUCCUCGAGCAGCACGUUGGACGAGGAUCUAGUAGCAAUCAAAGAAGAAUCCAUUUGGGAACAAAUGGCCCGCGUCUUUCAUCCCGGUGAUGAUAUUUCCAAAGACAUUGAAGCGACACGGGCCUAUACACAAACUGUAACUUUACUUCGAGUGGGUCUUCCAUCCUUCUUCCUUGGGGCGUCGGCGCACGUUGCCUAUCCCACGGUUGCCAUUGCGCUGGCCAAUCUGAUCAAUGAUUCGGGAGUCUUUGCCGUCGUCUCUCAAGAUUCGUCGCAAUACAUUCAAAAUGUCUUGACCACUUCUGGACUUACCUUUAGUCUGUUAGUGGGACAAACCUAUUAUUUCAUGUACCAACAACAAGAAGCCAUUUAUCUCAGCCUCUUUGAAGAAGUCACCACGGCCAAAUCGCUCUUGGAACAAGUCUCGUUGGUGUCGCAAGGCCGAGAGAAUUUGUAUCAACGCAUGUUGGGAUGUGUCCGAGAUUAUGUGGACAAUGACUUGACCAAAUUCAAUGACAUUGAACCAGCUGUGUUACUCUCGAGCAAACCCAUGGACGAUCCCUUGGAAGAAAUUUUGUAUUUGACCAGUGUGGGAGAACCAUCCAUGAUCUAUCAAACAGUGCGAUCCUUGAGGCAAGCACGGGCGAGUCGUUUAGGAGCCUUGCAGCGCAAGUUGCCUGCAAUUCAUAUGUUUCUACUGUGGUCACUGGUUGCGAUUGUUCUCUUUACCUUUCCACUACUAGGUGCUGGUGUCCAAACCAUUGGUGGCAUGGGGAUUCUGAACAUUCAGGCCUGGUAUUUGGGAUUCAUCGUCUUUGGCAUUGCACUGGUCAUGGGCGUUGUGAACGAGUUGAGACAACCCGCCCAAGUGGGAGCCUACAAUGCCCGUUCGGUUUUGAAUGUCAUGGUGGCAGGAUUGCAAGAAGAAUUGGAUUUGCGCUUGUCCGGGGAGUUCCUAAUUACACCCGAUGGCUUUUUGGAACCAUCGGUCGAUGCGGAUGGCUUUCAAGUCAUUCAAGAUAGAAGUUAG